AAGCGGGGAGUGAUGCGGGGGGGGUAAAUAAAUAAAUAAAUAAAUAAGGGACAUAAGCGCUGCCAGCAUCCGAGGAGGGAUCAUAGAGGUUUUGUGACUGGUAAUAAAAUAAGCCCCGCACGGAGGAGACAAGAGGCACAAAGCGGAGGGCUGCCGGCGCCCGGGGAGGGGCAGCUGAAGCAAGCCCCGCCGGCCCCACCGGCCCCGCCGCCCGCUCCCUGUGUCCCGGUCGGCUCCGCGCCUCUCCGCGCCUCUCGGCGCAGCCGGUGGGGCCGUCACCCCGCGCCGACCCCGCGGAGCCGCCGCCAUCCCCCGCGCCGCCAGCGGGUGGCGCCCGAGGCCGGAGGACGGGCGGGCGGUGGCGGCGGCGGCGCGCAGCGGCGGCGCGCCCCGGGCCGCCCGCGCCCUCCCAGCUCCCCCACCAGUGCACGAGUUUACCUCUAGAGGUCAUCAGGCAGGAUUUACGACUGGACAACAAAAGCACGUGAUGUGAAGCCGUACCCCAUAUUUGGGUGCCUACGUAGGAGGGAACCAAGUACAUGUCCCAGUCAUUUCCAUAAUUCAUCAUAAAUUGUGCAAGGGUGCUAUAGACGCACAAAACGACCAAGAGCCACAAAUCAAGCACACAUAUCAAAAAACAAAUGAGCUCUUAUUUUGUAAACUCAUUUUGCGGUCGCUAUCCAAAUGGCCCGGACUACCAGUUACAUAAUUAUGGAGAUCACAGCUCGGUGAGCGAGCAAUACAGGGACUCCGCCAGCAUGCACUCCGGCAGGUACGGAUACGGCUACAAUGGCAUGGACCUCAGCGUCGGGCGCUCUGCUUCCACCCACUUUGGUGCCAAUGAGAGACCCCGCAGUUACCCGGCCAACACCACCUCUGCUUCGACAGAGCCCAGGUACAACCAGCCCGCGACGGCUUCCCACUCGCCUCCCCCUGACCCUCUGCCCUGCACCGCCGUGGCCGGUUCGCCUGUCAGCGAGAGUCACCACGGGGUGAAAAACUCCCUCGUCAACUCCACCAGCACUUCGUCCAAUUCCAGCAGCAACACGCACAUCAGCAGAGACGGGGUUGGCACCUCGUCUGGGACUGAGGAAGACACUCCAGCAAGCAGCGAGCAGGCAAGUGCCCCGACCGACCAAAGCACAGCCCAGCCUUCACAGCCCCAGAUCUACCCCUGGAUGCGAAAACUGCACAUAAGUCAUGACAACAUAGGGGGACCAGAAGGGAAAAGGGCUCGGACUGCUUACACCCGCUAUCAGACCUUGGAGCUGGAAAAGGAAUUUCACUUCAAUAGAUACCUGACCCGCAGAAGAAGGAUUGAAAUAGCACAUGCUCUUUGCCUCUCAGAGAGACAAAUAAAGAUCUGGUUCCAAAACAGGAGAAUGAAAUGGAAAAAGGAUAAUAAGCUGAAAAGUAUGAGCAUGGCAGCUGCAGGAGGGGCAUUCCGUCCCUAAGCGUUUGAUCAAUUAAAAGUACUGAGCAGUAUUAGCUGACCCUGCGUCUCAUGUCAGUACUAAGUUGACUUUCUAAAACUUCCUUGUGUUACUUCUGUGAAGAAACCCUGUUCUUGUCGCCCUUAUUCAUCUUUUAAUCAUGAGCCUGUUUAUUACCAUUCUCUCGCGUGUAUAAGUAGAUCUGCUUUUAUCGUACAUUUCUUUGUCUUGAAUGGCUUUGUCUUGAAAAAAAAUAAUAGAUGUUUUAACUUAUUUAUAUGAAGCGAGCUGUGUUACUUGAAGUAACUGUUAAAACAAAACUAAACUAAACAAAAAAAAAGAAAAAAAAACACAACAAAAAGGAAAAAAAAGACGAAGGUAAAAAAAAAAAGGAGAGAGAGAAAGAAACCCUCCCCCGGUUUAGUACAAAUGUUAUGUGUUGCACUCAACCUGCUUAACUGUGCAUGUGUGGUCAAGUGUUAAUGUCUGUAUAGCUCCAAGCUGUUAAAAAUAUUUUUAUUCAAACUACCUAUAUAAUUCCUGUGUAAUUAAUGCUGUUGUAGAGGUGAAAUGAUGAAAUCAACUGAACUUGUCCUACGUGUAGUGAAUAGUGAAUCUGUGACGAAAACUGUGAUUCCAAGCAGUAUGUCCUUGCUGUGCCUUUGUAUAUGACUCUUUGCACGAACUCUUAGAAGUGGCUCUUAUUAAGCGCAGCUUCUGUGAUGUAUGUUUUUUUGUGAACAAAGUUACAAAUAUAGUCAAAGUCUGGCUGUUUGAGCAAACUGUGAUCAGCUUUUUUUUUAAUUAUUAUUUGUUUUUAAAAAAACUGACUGGAAAUCAACAAAAAAAUAAACUUUCUAUUGUAAA